GCUGGACAAUUUUGGGCAAGGUCGCGGGUUGGAGAGAAAUGACGAAGGCUGUUGCAUCCCGUUAAACGACACCCUUGAUCAAGCCAUCACCAUUCUGCAUUGGCUCUUUCCUCCCGCUCACCUUGCUCCGACGACCUCCCUUCGAUUCCUCCGUUGCUCGCUUCAGAAACAACACAAUGCAGGCAUUCUCAAGGCAAUCGCGGCCCGCGGGCGCUCUCCUGCGACAGCUUGCCCAGAGGAACUACAGCUCCUCCGCCUCCCCCUAUGCUGCGACCAUCCAGAACCUUCGCAUCAACGGCGACACCAAGGUCCUCUACCAGGGUUUCACUGGCAAGCAGGGAACAUUCCACGCGCAACAGGCGAUCGAUUAUGGCACCAAGGUUGUUGGCGGCACCAACCCCAAGAAGGCCGGCCAAACGCAUCUUGGCCUCCCCGUUUUCGCCAACGUCGGCGAAGCUGUGAAGGAGACGGGCGCAAAUGCGACGGCCAUUUUCGUGCCGCCCCCACUCGCCGCUGCCGGUAUUGAAGAGGCUAUCGCCGCCGAGGUCCCGCUCGUUGUGUGCAUCACUGAGGGCAUCCCCCAGCAUGACAUGGUGCGCAUCACCUCGAUGCUCAAGUCGCAGAGCAAGACCCGCCUUGUGGGCCCCAACUGCCCUGGUAUCAUCGCACCCGGACAGUGCAAGAUCGGCAUCAUGCCCGGCUUCAUCCACAAGCGCGGCCGCAUCGGCAUCGUCAGCCGCUCCGGCACCCUGACCUACGAGGCCGUCAACCAGACCACCAACGCCGGCCUGGGCCAGUCGCUCGUCGUCGGCAUCGGCGGCGACCCCUUCAGCGGCACCAACUUCAUCGACUGCCUCAAGGUCUUCCUCGAGGACGCCGAGACGGACGGCAUCAUCAUGAUUGGCGAGAUCGGCGGUUCCGCCGAGGAGGACGCCGCCGACUUCAUCCGCGAGAACAACACCGUCAACGGCGGCAAGCCCGUCGUGUCCUUCAUCGCCGGUAUCUCGGCGCCCCCCGGCCGCCGCAUGGGCCACGCCGGCGCCAUCGUGUCCGGCGGCAAGGGCGGUGCCGACUCCAAGAUCAAGGCGCUCGAGUCGGCCGGCGUCAUCGUCGAGCGGUCGCCCGCCGGUCUGGGCAAGGCCCUCCGCGACGAGUUCGUCAGGCGCGAUCUUCUCUAAAUCACGAGCGCCAUAGUAUCAUGGUAAUGCUAUCCCGGCGCUGGCCUUGUACAUGAUGUUGGUCCUUUCUUUUGUCACCGUGAGUGAAUGCGGAGGGUGGCUAGAGAGGAGCGGUCAGUUGUGAGAGUAAGGAGAGUACGCUCAGGGAGCGGGGUGAAACUAAGGCAUUAGCAAACUUAUAGACUGGGGGGAACUUGGUGGUUUGGCAUAAUACGUUGUGCAUUAUGAGCCUCUUGUUUUUUUAUCGUGCAUUUCACCAACAUGCUUCGAGGUCCGUCUA